GACUACCAACCAUCUCUGUUGGGAGAUCUUUAAGAGAUCAAGAAACUAUGGUGAAUCCAACCGAGCCUUGUCAGGUAUGUGGGGAUGUUGGCGUUAAGGAUUACAUCAUGACUUGUUACAAUUGCAGAACAGUCAGAGAGCAUAUCUACUGCGCAAGCAUCUGCUUACGAUCUGUCCCCAACAUGUGGCUAUGUCAAGUGUGCAGAUCCCCACCCUGCGUUUUACAAGUAUCAGAUCUUAAAGACAACUUAUCUGGUAACGCUGAGGAAGAAAAUCCUACACCGGUCCUUCAAAGUAGCACUUCUAAUGGACUCAUGUUGUUGUCACAUUCAUGUCCUGAUAAAGCUUCUUUGGUAUCCAGUGAUAUAUUAUCAAUCAGGAAACAUCGACCACGAGUUUUGGGUUUUCCUUUUCCGAAAAGAAAACGUACGACGCUUCGGCUUGCAGAAGAAGACAUUGAAAGAACUAAACGGUUUGAUUAAGACAGUUUUCACCUGAGCUUCUUCUUUGCUUAAGUUGCUUAAGUGAUUGGAUCUGUAUCUAAGAUUUUCGGGUCUUAUUUUCCUUGGAUCUCAAGUUACUUACAAGCUAGGUGAGAUUGGACUUUACUGACAUGUGACUUGCUCACAUUGACAUUCCUUCUUUCUUACUUUAU